AUGAAAGUGAGCCUUCUGGAAAAAAAGAAUAGUGUCUCUGAAGCGAGAUGUAGGCAGCUUGAGGGGAAGCUGGAGGAAGAACGACAGAGACACGAGGAAGAACGACAGAGAUGCGAUAAAGAGCUGCAAGAAGCAAACCAACAGGUGUUGCAACAACAACAGGAGUGUGACAGAUUAACCUCGAAGCUCUGUGAAAGCGACGCCAAACACCAGCGAGAGGUGAAGCAUUUAACUGAGUGCUUAGAAAAGUCCAUAGCUGAAGCACAAAAUGUAAAGGAAGAAGGUACUUUAGAUGCCACUAAAACGCGCCAGAAAGAAUUUAAACUUGCCAUUGAAUUGGGUCGUCUCAAGCAAAAAGAGAAGGAAAUUGUGGCAGCUGGUCUGAAAGUUAAAGAGCAGCAAGAAAAGCUUGAAGAUCGUAUCAUUGAAAUGAAAGAUCAAAAAGAGAAGAAUGACAGCCAAAGCUGUCAAUAUAAAUUCAUGGUGGAGGAAGUUAUGAGAAAGGACUCAGAAGUGCAAACGUCCAGAGCAGAGAAGGAGCGCCAACGGGAAGUUGACAAAAUACAAAUCCUAGAAGAUGAACUCAAACAAAAACAAGCCUUGUUGUUCAAAAAAGAUCCAUCUUUCAAGAAAGACAGUCAGCUCCAGAAGGCCAGGAAGCCUGCAAAAGACAAGGUUAAGCCCCGGUUUUUGAAGAAAGUUGACGGGCAUCCCCGACCAGUAGAGGCCGUUGAGGAAGAACUGCAGCCUCAGGAAACACCACUAAUUGUGGUCCCCCUCACAGAUACCAAUAGUACUGAUGUGAGGCUGUCUCAGGAAGAUGGUUGUUCACGGGCUGACAAACCCAGCAUGGGUCCAUCUGCUCCUGAGCAUGCUGGUGUGCCAGAAGUCGACAUUUGA